ACGUUUACGGACCCGAAAAUUGUCUGCUAUUACAGCGCUUGGGCUGUAUAUCGAGAGAAACCUAUGGCUUACGAUAUUGAAGAUAUUCCGGCAAACCUUUGCACUCAUUUAAUCUACUCUUUUAUUGGUUUGGAUAAUAAGACAUACGAAUUAAGAAACAUUGAUCCCAUUUAUGACAUCGAAAAGAAGGGAUUCGAACGGUUUGUCGGUCUUCGCAAAAAUUACCCCAAACUUAAGAUAAUGAUAGCGAUUGGCGGAUGGGCUGAAGGGGGCAAACAGUACUCGGAAAUGGUUGCCGAUCCUAACAAAAGGGAGCGAUUCAUUCAACAAGUGGUCGAUUGGCUUAACAAAUAUAAUUACGAUGGCUUUGAUCUCGACUGGGAAUAUCCCGGAGCCGGUGAUAGACAGGGUUCCUAUUCUGACAAACAAAACUUCUUAGAACUCGUAAAGGAAUUAAGAGAAGAGUUUGAUAAACAAAGCCGUAAAUUACUGUUGACGGCAGCCGUUCCCGUCGCUAAGUUUCGGCUACAGGAAGGCUAUGAAGUAUACGAGUUGGCACAAUUGCUGGAUCAAAUCCAUUUGAUGACAUAUGAUCUUCGGGGCAGUUGGACAGGCUUUGCGGACGUCCACUCACCACUAUAUAAGCGACCCAUCGAUGAAUGGGCCUAUGAGAAGCUCAAUGUGAAUGACGGCACAAACUUAUGGCACACAAUGGGAGCCCCGAAACAUAAACUGAUUGUUGGCGUUCCCUUCUAUGGCCGGACCUAUACGUUGGGCGGUAAAGACAAUCACGGACUCAGAGCACCGAUUCAGAGAUGGAAUUCUAAUAAUGGAGGCGGAGAACCUGGAUUAUAUACUAAUGCAUCAGGCUUUUUGGCUUAUUAUGAGAUAUGUGUAGAAACAAAUGCUGGCAAAUGGACCAAAGAGUUUGAUGACAUCGGGAAGUGUCCGUACGCUUAUCGGGACACCCAAUGGACCGGUUAUGAAGACGAGAAUAGUAUUGGCAUUAAAAUGGAUUUUAUUAAAAGCGAAGGCUAUGGCGGAGGAAUGAUUUGGGCCAUAGAUUUGGAUGAUUUCACUGGUGUUUGCGGCGGAAAGAAGAAUGCGUUGCUUAAUGUUAUGAACGAUAAACUAAAAGGUUAUCAAGUGUUAGUUCCCGAUCCGUCCAAACUGACCACAACGGCUAAACCGGGCAAUCAGUGGUGGCCGACCACUACAACAAAGAAAGCUAAGGUAACCAAACCAUCCGUAGUCUCCGUUACACCAACUAUGACCACAACUGUCAAACCCAAACCAACAAAGCCAUCGGUUGUGUCCAUUACACCAAACGUAACCACAGCUGCCAAACCCAUACCAAACAAACCAUCGGUUGUAUCCAUCACUGGUAGCACAACUCCAAACCCAACUCCAAACACCACUCCGAGCACUACUCCGAGCACUACUGCCAGCACUACGAGUAACACCACUCCUAUGAGCAGCACAAUUAACACAUCCACUGAAAGGCCAAAGCCAUCGACAGAAGCGGCGCCGACGUCUGUCACUGACAAAUGCGCGGAAGAAGGCGUUCAGUUUGUGGCCCACUGA